UCGAGUGCAGUUCCCCAUCAACACAUAUCGUUUACUGCCAUCAUGAAGACGGCUAUCCUCCUCGCCGCGGGCGCGCUGGCCUCGCCCGCCGUUGCCGGCGUCCACAAGAUGAAGCUCCAGAAGGUGCCUCUCUCGGAGCAGCUGAAAUACGCAAACAUCCAGGAGCACGCAAAGGCGCUUGGCCAGAAGUACAUGGGCAUCAAGCCUGAGGACCACGCCGAGCAGAUGUUCAAGGCGCCCUACGUCGCCGACGGCUCGCACCCAGUGCCCGUCAGCAACUUCCUGAACGCCCAAUACUUCUCUGAGAUCUCUCUUGGUACCCCUCCUCAGGACUUCAAGGUCGUUCUCGACACUGGAAGCUCCAACCUCUGGGUCCCCUCGUCGGAGUGCAACUCCAUCGCCUGCUACCUUCACAGCAAGUACGACUCAUCAGCUUCCUCGACCUACAGGAAGAACGGCACCUCGUUCGAGAUCCGCUACGGAUCCGGUGAGCUCAGCGGCUUCGUCUCCAACGAUGUCUUCCAGAUUGGCGACCUCAAGGUGAAGCACCAGGACUUCGCCGAGGCUACCUCUGAGCCCGGUCUUGCCUUUGCUUUCGGCCGCUUCGACGGUAUCAUGGGUCUCGGCUACGACACUAUCUCGGUCAACAAGAUCGUUCCCCCCUUCUACAACAUGCUCGACCAGGGUCUGUUGGACAAGCCCGUUUUCGCCUUCUACCUUGGCGACACCAACGAGGGCCAGGAGUCUGUUGCUACCUUCGGUGGUAUCGAUGAGAGCCACUACACCGGCAAGCUCGUCAACAUUCCCCUGAGGCGCAAGGCUUACUGGGAGGUUGACCUCGAUGCCAUCACCUUCGGCAAGGAGACCGCCGAGAUGGACAACACUGGUGUCAUCCUUGACACCGGCACAUCCCUCAUUGCCCUUCCUUCCACCAUUGCCGAGCUCCUGAACAAGGAGAUUGGCGCUAAGAAAUCAUACAACGGUCAGUACACCGUUGAGUGCAACAAGCGUGACAGUCUGCCCGACCUCACCUUUACCCUGACUGGCCACAACUUCACCAUCGGUGCCUACGACUACAUCCUCGAGGUUCAGGGAUCGUGUAUCUCUGCUUUCUUCGGCAUGGACUUCCCCGAGCCCGUAGGUCCUCUUGCCAUCCUCGGAGACGCCUUCCUCAGGAGAUGGUACUCUGUCUACGACGUCGGCAACUCGGCUGUUGGUCUUGCUAAGGCCAAGUAAGCGGUUGGUGAUGUCGUUGGGAUGCAUUUGGAGUUUAGGAGGAAUCUGGGACCACAAGACCAGCAAGUGGCAUUGCUCGGUCCACAUUGUAUUCAGCAUUAAUUGGGUUACGGUUCUUUUGUCGACACAGAUUGUCGAAAUCAUGUAUAUCAGCGAAUCGAGUCAAUACAAGGAGAGUGUCUUGGACCAAAGUGACUUGCUGUUGGUGUACCUAGAAACCCAGUAGCGUGAUUUGUUAUCGAUAUUGAGGAAUCGCUCAUUGAGUGACGUAUGACAGGUCUGAGCCUCAACGCCAGGUCAUGUUCGAAUACCUGUGUGUGAUUUGUGAGCGUCUCGUGGGAACAGACAUAGCGGGGGCAAUGUUCCUGAAGAAGGACUGUUGAGUGAUGUUGCCUAGGCAGGUGCUUAUCGACCAGUCAUUCGGGCGGCGGAUGUUGGCGCUAAAUGUCGUGCGUGC